GUAUUUCAAAAAGUCCAGGGACAAGAAACAAAAUUUAUAGCUUAUUAUAGUGAAGUCGCAAAACAUAUUUUAAGGUGUAUGCUUAGGGUUCCGUAACCAAAGGGUAAAAACGGAUCCCUUUUAGUGAGGCACCGAGGUCUAUCUGUCAGUCCGUCUGCCACAAGGCAGUAUCUUAUAAACCGUGACAUUUAACACUUAAAACUUUCAUGGAUGAUGUAUUUUUUUGUUUGAUGUAAAAAAGAUAGCUUUAGCGACGGUUGUUACGGCCAUAUUUUUUUUUCGUUUGUAACCCAAGCGAUUUGUUUUUUCUGAGCAUAUUUAUACGGGACCCUCAGUGUUGUAAGUAAGAUUUUUGUUAAUUAAUGUUAAUUGAUUGAUAAUCUCGUGACGCACAUCUUCACAUAAUGACUUUAAACAAAUUAUUUCCUUUUUGUUAAAUAAUUUUAAUUGAGGUUGUGUAUAUUUUCAGUUGUGACUUUGAACGAUAUCCGACGAUAAGCUCGUUUCCUAAGUACGUAACUAAAUAUAUUGCUUCACUGCCAUCGACGAAUAAUUGUAGUGCGUUUUCCUGAUAUAAGAAAGCCAUUUAAUUCAAUUGCCAUUCACUCAUCCGCCAUUGUAAAUAGAAGAAUCGGGGCUCAGGUAUUAGUCAGUAAGAGUCUGACACUAACCGCUUCCUCCUCCGUAGAGGUGGGUUUUCAUGAAGAAAAAAGGGCUCUCGAACUCUACUUUACAUUUUUAACUCUCCGUUCCCAGAUAGUAAAAUGUUAUCUUCUAAACAAAUGACUCGUGACGUGAGAAAAUUGUGAUUGUUCUACCGCUAGCCUUUGAAACGUGAUGGAAGAACAGUGUCGAGUUCUUGUAAAAAAAACAAAGAAAACUAAAAUAGAACGUUACAUAAUGUAAUACAUAUAUCACAUCAUCACUUAAUAAGUAGUCACAAUGUACCUACGUUCCAAGUCGUUUACAAAAUCGUCUCGUAAUUAUUGUUACUGUAGCAAUUUAAAGUAAACUGUCAUUUUGCUUAACAGUAGGUAUUACACUUCUUGUAGGAAUGCAUAGCAACAGCAUUUCCUUUACUGCCAAGCUGUAGAUUUUCUGAAAAUACUUGCGUUACACAGUUUAAAAACAGUUCAAAAACAGUUUAAAAAGUAUUUGUGUGUAACCUUUUUUUAUUUGACGCCAUGGCCUCCUUUUAUUCAGCCUAUAAAUUAAUAUCGACUAGUGACCUAGGUAAGCAACUACUCUAUUACCUACUCUACUUCAGCUACUUGACGUCAAAAUUGGCGGCAAAUUACAGGAUGUGUUCAGUAAGAGCACUAAUCUUUGUUAUGUAGAUUGACACGUGAGUUAAGAACAUUGCCACCAUUGGCAUUGCUAACAGCUAACUCAGCUGUAUAAACGGUAGGUAUAUAUUAUAGCUAUUAGAUCUAUCAUUCAGUUGAUGAUUGGUAGUCGCGUCUUGCGCGUGCGUGGUUAAGUAGUGGCUCUCGCGUAUUGUCGUGUUAUUUUUUUGGGAAUAUUGUUUUGGUCCUGUUAUUGUGGUGCCAAAUAAACAGUUCUCAAGCUGACAAACAACUGACGAACGAAUCAACAUGAAAUGAAAACAAGUUAUAAACGGUUCCUUUACAUUUUAAAUAUCUCUAAGUAAAUAUUAGUGGUGGAGUGAUUUUGUGAUCAUGACGACGGAUAUCAAGUCGCCGGUGGAAGGGCUGAAGCCCAACGAAACUUGGAGGAUAGUGAAGAAUGUGGUGGUCAUCAGUCUAGCUUUCAUGUUCCACUUCACAGCUUACAGUGGAGCGGCGAAUCUACAAAGUUCGAUCAACGCGGAUGCUGGACUGGGCACGGCAUCUCUGGCUGCUGUGUACGCUGGACUCAUCUUCUCUAACAUUUUCAUGUCUGUUGUCGUCAUCAAAUGGUUCGGUACAAAAUGGGCGAUAUCUCUGUCGUUCAUCACGUACAUGCCAUACAUCGCGGCCCAGCUGUACCCUACCUUCUACACCAUGAUCCCAGCUGGGCUCAUCGUGGGGUUGGGUGGUGGCCCGCUCUGGUGCGCCAAGUGCACUUACCUAUCGGUGGUAUCGGAAGCCCACAGCAAGUUAUCCAAGAUAUCAGCUGAGGCACUGCUGGUGCGUUUCCUUGGACUGUUCUUCAUGAUCUUCCAAAUGAACCAAGUUUGGGGCAAUCUCAUUUCCUCUUUAGUGCUGUCAUCUGGCAACAACACGGCGGCUGUGACGUCAGUUAACGAGACGAUGAUCCCGAUCCUGUGCGGUGCCAACUUCUUACCUACUGCUGAUGCUGCUGAAGCAUUGCCAACGCAGCCACCCGAGAAGAUACAGAUGAUUGCAGGAAUAUAUUUGGCAUGCAUGGCUGGAGCAGCCAUUAUUGUGGCUAUAGGAGUGGACAACAUGAAAAGAUACGAGUCGGGCCGGUCGAGCGCGGCGUGCGGGCUGUCUGGUAUGGCGCUGCUGUCGGUGACGCUGAAGCUGCUGGUGGAGCCCACGCAGAUGCUGCUCGUCGUCAUCAACAUGUUCGUUGGUCUUCAGCAGGCGUUCUUCGGAGCUGACUUUACUGCGGCGUUCGUGUCGUGCGCUGUGGGCACUGGAUCCGUGGGCUUCGUGAUGAUGACGUACGGCCUGGCUGAUGCUAUAGGAUGUGUUAUCACUGGCUAUUUGGCUAAGAUAACCGGCCGGCUCCCGCUGGUGUGCGCGGCGACGCUGGCGCACGUGUCGCUGUUCAGCGCGCUGCUGGCGUGGCGGCCGCGCGCGGGCCACGCGCCGCUGCUGUACGCCGCCGCCGCGCUCUGGGGGCUCUGCGACUCCGUGUGGGUCGUGCAGAUCAAUGCAUACUACGGCAUCCUCUUCCCCGGUAGAGAAGAAGCAGCCUUCUCCAACUUCCGUCUCUGGGAAUCCGUCGGCUACAUCAUCGCCUACGUGGUGUCCCCAUACCUUCGGACCAGUUCCAAGGCCUACCUGAACUUGGCCAUGCUGGCAGUCGGAGUUUCUUGCUAUUUCUUAGUGGAGUACCAGCAAUUCCGGAUAAAGAAGGACACACAGAAUAAGAAGAAGGAUCUGUGUUACAUCAGUGAUGUUAAAGGCUGUGAUAAUAUUGCUUUCCAGAAUGUAGAGUGAUGUUUUGGAUAAUUGCAGAAACUGUGUCCAAGUGCUUUGUAAAUAGGCUUUAAGGGAAUACGUUAGCUUUUCUGUGCAAUUCCUCUUCAAGAAAAAAUGUUUGCAUUUUGUCAUCGUUUUAUGAAAUUUAAUGGUUUCAUUAUUUAGCAUCAUGGACUAUUUAGAAUGGGUGAAGAACGUUUAAAAUGGAAUGUGUGGUAGAUUUGGAGAAGGACAGUAUUUUAAAGUGACAUCUAUUUUUUUUUAUUUGUCAUUUAAUGUGAAGAUUCGUGAUCAAUAUGA